AUGCCCACAGCACCCGACGGAGACAGCAAGAGGCCCGAAGAGACCAGCACGUCGGUCUACGCCGGCCUAGCGAACAACGCGAGCUCGAACCUGUGCUUCCUGAACUCGGUCAUCCAAGCGCUCGCAUCGACCAGCGAUCUGGAGGACUAUCUCCAGCAGCUCCGGGCGACCGCCGAGCACGCUGCUGGCGAGCCCGCCGGGAUCGUCGACGGGCUGCUCGAGAUCAUCGCCGAGCUCAAUACGCCUCGGGACCGCAGGACCGUGCUCAGGCCGACCAAGUUCAUCGAGUGUUUGCGAGCCAACAACGCCAGCUCGGCCCGCCUCUUCAACUCCAACCAACAGGAUGCACACGAACUCUUGGUGAUGAUUCUCGAGGCCGUGGAGGACGAAGCAACAUGUACAUUGGAGGAUUGCUUGAAAGAAUACACGGUAUUGGAGCUACUAGACGACUACAUGUGUCGGAAAUGUACGCUAUUGAACCGCGAACGAGAGAUGAAGACGGAGCUAGAGGCCUGUCGAUCCAAGCGGAAACGGGCCGAGCUCAAGAACGAUCUCCAAUCGCUCUCAGAAGCCAUCAAAGUCCAUCCUGAACAAGAGCUCCAUCCGCUCCUCGAACACUCUCUCAGUCCGAUUUGGAGCCCCAUGUCGACCAAACAAACCAUGUUCGCUAGGCCACCCAGGGUCCUGACUGUGCACGUUUCGCGAUCGACGGUGAUGGGUGAAGGACACCUGACGAAGAACUACUGUCGCCUAGUGUUCCCCGAGCUACUCAUUCUCGACCGAUUCACGACCACAGAACGGUUGAGUGCCCGAGCGGAGGCGCCGAUAUCCCGGCCGCCGGGAGCGCCGAGCGACCGCACCCCCGCCGUCUCGUAUCCCUACCGUCUCCUCGCCCUCAUCGUCCACCAGGGAACCCAUCUCUCCGGCCACUACCUCACCUUCCGUCGCUCCCCGCAAGGCUCCUGGUGGAGACUCUCCGAUCAGGACGUCGAUCGCUGUCCGGUCCGUGAGGCUUUGGAUUCCAAUCCUACACUGCUCAUCUAUCAGCGGCUUGGCGACGAGGAUCAGCCUCAGCUCUAA